AUGACACACGCAAGCACCCAACCCGAGACGGUCUCGGCGCUCGUUGCACUCACCAUGACCCUCAACGACUGCUAUGAGCAUUUGGAGGCAUACACGCGGGCGACCUGGGCAAGACGCGUUCUGUCGUGCGGCAGUGACCACGAGAAAUUCGAGGACUUGAAUGAACGUUUGAGCCAAUGCAUUCCGGCAUUGCACCUCUCGCUCCACGUCGCGCAGCUGUUCGACCGCGAAGACGACCAGCGGGAUGUUGCUGCGGACUUUGCGUACAUCGAGGCGCAUCAGCGAGAGGUACUCGACGCCGUCGCGCGACUCUGCGAGGGUGUCGACCAGGUCGGCGUUCAUGUUGACUUGGUCCGACACAGUGUUGAACGCAUUGGCGAUCGCAACGAUGCCGCGGUCGCCCAGGUCCUGGACAGGCUUAGGUCACUGGACAAUCGCGUCAACAAAAGGCUCGAUCAUGCACUCUUGCCGCCGCAGCCGUCGGGUGGCAGCCCUGGCCCAAUGCGGCAGGCGUCCCCCGAUCUGCCCGGAAGUUUGGUAAUUCCGGCGUCCGAGCUUGUCGAUAUUCGGCUGUUGGGAGCUGGCGGCUUUGGUCAGGUUUGGCUUGCAAAGUACCAUCAAGACACUGUUGCAGUGAAGCGACUGCUGGUCAAGACGCUCGAUUCGGCCGCCAUGGACGACUUUCGCAAGGAAAUGGCCGUCCACGCUGGUCUUCGCCACCAGAACAUUGCCAUGGUUAUGGGCGCCUGUGUGGAGCCAGGACACUUGGCGAUUGUGCUCGAGUAUGCGACCAAUGGCACCCUGUUCCACGUGCUGCAGGAUGUGGCUGCCUUCCCGCAGUUGCCACAACACUUGCGGGAUCGCAUUCUGCUGGAAAUUGCCCGCGGCAUGGCAUUCUUGACGCAUAAGAGCAUUCUCCACCGAGACUUGAAGUCGCCAAACGUCCUGAUUGAUGGGGACAUGCACGCCAAAGUCACCGACUUUGGGCUGGCUCGCGUCCGAUCGGACGUCUCCACCAAGACCGCUUCCCAGCAGAAAAAUACGGGCACCCUGCAGUGGGCCGCACCAGAAUUGCUUGUACUUGAGCCUGCGACGCCAACAGAGAAGGCCGAUGUAUACUCCUUCGGUGUGAUUGCCUGGGAAGUGUUGACGCGAAAGCUGCCAUACGAAGGGGUACCAGACUGUGUUAUUCGAGACGCCGUCUCCCGCGGUGAUCGUCUUGUCGUCCCCGACCAGGCCAAUCCCAUAUUACGUGCCAUCAUUACUCAAUGCUGGACGCACGAUCCCGUUGGGCGGCCAACGUUUGAGCAGUUGGUAGCGAUUCUCGCUCCUGUCGCCCGCUCUGAGGCAAGUCUCGUGGCGGAGUCCAGUAAAAGUGUGACUCACACCAAGCCGCCUACAAACCACGAGGAAGCAACGCCACCGGCUACCACUCUUGUCAGACGCCGGGCUGCUCCUAGGCCACCGCCACCAAUUCCACCCCGACCUGCCAUACUGACUCCACCGCAAACCCCGACGCGCGUCGAUUCAUCAAACACUGCAAAGCCCAUCAACAAGCCCUCCUUGCCUCCCAAAGUACCCCCGCGGCCCUCUCAACUCGGACACUCCAUCGACGCGACCUCAAAAUCGAUGCCCAGCCAGCCACAAAUCACAGCGCCAGGCCAGGCUUCCUGCGAUAUUGCCCAAGGACCGCGAUCUGCGCCGCUUUUGGCCACCUCCACGACAGCAUUCUUUGCGCGCAACAGCGUGGAGGCAUCGCGUCGUCCUUCGGCGCCUGCUUCAUUGCUGCUUCCCGCGACGUCAAGUACGAGCUUUGGUGCGCCCAAGUUGGAGGUCGUGUCCGAUGUCCCAGCGCUGGACGGCGCGCCAGUGGUGCGUCAGAUCGAUGCUCUUCGCGAGCGUGCCUUGCAAAUGCAGCGACAGGGCGAGCUUGUACCUGCGAAACAGCUGUUUGAGCAUUGCAUGGGUUUGCAGGAGAGAAACUUUGGCAAGUCCCACCUCCAGGUCGCUUGUGCGGCGACCGACCUCGGUCGCGUGUGCUUUGCCUUGAGUGAGUACGCAAUGGCCAGAGCCAUGUUUGAGCGAGCACUGGCGAUAUCCGAGCGCGAUUUGGGGCAAAACCAUGUGCGAGUGGGGAUUAUCGCGCAUGAGCUUGGCCGGACGUACUUUGAACUUGGCCAGUACUUGGCUGCGAAAAAGCUCCUCUCGCGGGCGCGUGCCAUUGCCAUACACAAGAAUGGGGAGACGAGCAUUCAAGUUGCCAUCGUCCAGGUCGAUAUUGCGCGCGCCUACAUGGGUCUGCAGGAAGUCGAAAAGGCCAAGACACUGCUGAAACAAGUGCUGCCCGUGUACGAAGGCCAUUUCGGCGAACACCAUCUCUGCGUGGCCAACGUGCUGCGAGAGCUGGAUCGGGCAUAUACGACGCUGGGCAACACGAAAAAGGCCGAGCAGACGCGAUCCCGUCUGAGUCUGCUCCUUGCACAGCGAGUGUCUACAACGGAUCGCAAUGUCCAGCUCUUGUGCAGCUCGGCGCCAAGCACUGCGCCUCUGUGCACCAAGUACCAGACCCCUACCGUUCAUACAGAGACGUCAAACCCCAUCGACACGAACUUUGUGUAUGCUCUGUGGGAUUAUGCAGGGCGGGUGCCGCAAGAGCUGAGUUUCAAGUCCGGUGAGACGUUCACCUUGCUUGACUCGCCUCGUCCUGGCGGCAGCUGGUGGCGAGCGCAGUCGAAUGUCUCGCACCAGAUUGGCUACAUUCCGUCCAACUUUGUCGCCCGAAUGUCGUGA